AUGUGGCGCGUGGUGAUCGGGGCCACCCGGUUGCCUCAGCUGGGCCCUGAGGCCCAAGUGCGCAAUAUCAAGCGGCUACUGGUUCACGAGCACUACAGUAACAUCACGCAGAGGAACGACAUCGCCCUGCUGGAACUGGACCAGCCUGUGCAGUGCAGCUACUCCAUCCAGCUUGCCUGUGUGCCCGACGCCUCGCUGAGAGUGUCGGAGCUGACAACCUGCUACGCCAGCGGCUGGGGUUCCACGACUGCAAGAUGUGAGUUCCCAAAAACUGGAGGAUCAACUGAUGUCCUGCAGGAGGCCAAGGUCCGCCUCAUUGAUGUCAACCUCUGUAACAGCAGCGGGUGGUACAGAGGGGCCAUCCACACCCACAACCUGUGUGCUGGCUAUGCGCAGGGUGGCAUCGACACCUGCCAGGGUGACGGCGGUGGUCCUCUCACCUGCAAAGAUAACAACGCUGACUACUUCUGGCUCGUUGGAGUGACCAGCUGGAGGAAAGGCUGUGCGAGAGCAAAAUAGCCCGGAGUCUACACCUCCGCUCAGCACUUUUACGACUGGAUCCUGCUACAGAUGGGACUGCGCCCAGCAGGAAGGGGCAGUCCAACAUCACGGGCAUGGAGUCAUUUUCUCACCGCCUCAACUCCCUUUCAGAGGCCAAGCCCAAUACCAACACAGUCGGGCAGGUUUAGCUCCUGCCCAUUUCCACUCCAGAGGCUGGUGGAGUUCUUCACUUGGGUGCAGGAGCUCCUGCAGGUCCUGAGAGGAAGAAAGGCUUGA